AUGGACGGGGGCAUCCCUGCGAGGCCUCCCGGCCUUCCGAAGCAUGGCCCUUACCCGGGAUACAUCAGGGAAACAUGCACGCGCAGCCCCUUUCCCUUCUCAGCCCUCCGGCUGCCCCUUGAGCCUAACACUGACUCGCUGACUGCGCAAAUGCAGCGCCUAGAACUUGCCCGCGCCAUACGGCAGCAGGAGGCCCUUGACUUCGCGCCGGAGUUCCUGGGGGCAAGAGAGCCGCGAGACACCACACACAGAAGACAAGGAGAAGCGCCUCCAGAGCCCUUAGGGGCCCCCCUUCGGCCCUUUCCAUGCAGCGCCGGCAGAGAUCGUGGUGCCUCGAGACUGGAGGGGGCGGGUCCGUGCAUUGCUGGCCGCCGUCUGCCACCCCUCAUCUUGGGAGGGGGGCUUCAAGAGGUACCCGCGUGUUUGUCGCCCAGUGAUGACGGGUUAUCGCCUUCUCCCCGCACGCCCAGGGAAGGUUACACGAUGCCCCGCAUGGAAGCCUCCAUCUUUGUUAUGCGGAAAGAGCAAGAGCCACUGCCGAGGUACGUACGUACGAAGCAGGGGGAGGCCUUCGAGGCCUUCGCAGCACGCGAGCUAAAGGCUUCACGACCUCGCUUAACAAGUGCAGCGGAGACUAGGCGCCUCACCAGCCGGACGUUGGAGGGCCUCGCACUGGCCUCGCGUCCUUCAGAGCUCCAGCCAGUGAAGCGCGCUAAACGCAGGUUCAGCACCACAGGGUCAGACGGCGAUACUGAAGUAAUGGACGCCGAGAAUCCAAGUGCCCGGCACUCUCUCUCACUCCCAUGUGAACACAUGGCGCUCACUGUACAGGCUGCAUGCGGGGCUCAUAUAUCUACAAAGUUGUGCGCAUAUUGGCAUUAG